GAGGAGAGCAGGACUGGCAGGGUGCGGUCUGAAGUGGCAACAGAUCGUUUUGGAUCACUCAAAUCCCUUCAAUUCAACUGGAAAGCUGUAGCUUGUUGCACGCCGGCCGCAUAUGGAGAGGAAACGCUUUCAACGCAGAGGGCACCAACCAAACAGCGGGCGAAAGUGGCUGAUAUUGUGACAGUUUCCCAGCGCAAAAGAAAGAGAGGGAGAGAAACCACAACACUGCAAAGUUGGAUAUUAGUAACCACUCUCUCACCCGCCAAAUCGACUUUGAACCUGUUUGUUUAAAUACACGGACUUGCACUGCCUGCACACUUACUGUUGAUUCUGUAAGGCGGAGGGAGCGAAGUUUCUCAUUUUGCCUCAAUUUCUUUUGGGAGCAGCUUAAAACUUUUUGGUGUCCUCAUGGUGCCUGGUGCAGGCGAGGUGCUGAGCUUCUUUUAUCCGAGAUUUUCGGACGUGAUGUUGCGACUGUCUCGGACGAUGGAGUCGGGAACUGAACCGGGGAGGUACUGAAGACAGCUCUCUCCCCCGGGAGAUCCUCCCUCCUCUCGGGGCGAUGCGGAUCUCCUUCCUCCUUCUCACCGCCUCUCUGUGUGCCUUGGUCCUCCUCCUCGCACCUGCCUCGGAGGGCUGUGGGCCGGGGAGGGGGUACGGCAAGAGGCGGCUCCCGAAGAAACUCAUCCCGCUUGCUUACAAGCAAUUCAGCCCCAACGUCGCCGAGAAGACCCUGGGAGCCAGCGGGAGACCCGAGGGCAAAAUAACGCGCAACUCCGAGCGCUUUAAAGAACUGACACCGAAUUACAACACAGAUAUUAUCUUCAAAGAUGAGGAGGACACGGGCGCCGACAGGCUCAUGACCCAGCGUUGUAAAGACAAGUUAAACUCUCUGGCCAUCUCUGUGAUGAACAUGUGGCCGGGCGUAAAGCUGAGAGUGACGGAGGGCUGGGAUGAGGAUGGUCAUCAUUCAGAGGACUCGCUGCACUAUGAGGGACGUGCUGUCGACAUCACCACUUCAGACAGAGACAGAAAUAAGUAUGCCAUGUUGGCCCGUCUGGCUGUAGAAGCCGGAUUUGACUGGGUCUACUACGAGUCCAAAGCCCACAUUCACUGUAGCGUCAAGUCAGAACAUUCAGUGGCAGCCAAAACCGGUGGUUGUUUCCCUGGCAAUGCUCAGGUUAUUCUCAAGGGUGGGGCUACUAAACAGAUGCGUGACCUUCACCCUGGUGACCGUGUCUUGGCUUCCUCAACAGCAGAUGGUCUUGGCCCCCUUCUCUACAGCCCAGUCUUAUCCUUUGUGGACCGCCAGCCCAAUGUCACAAAGAUCUUCUACAUCAUUGGCACCAACACAGGACUAAAUAUUACUCUCACAGCCGCUCACUUGAUUUUUGUCACAGACUGCACUGGUGGGCUGAGGGACCCAAAGUGGGAAGAGACAGCUGAAGAGCCACUUUUGGGCUGUACACGGGAGGGCAGACCUGGAUGGGUAGCAGGUCUGAGGACAGUGUUUGCCAGUGAGGUCCGGCCAGGACAGUGCAUACUCACAUCACAAGGGAAAGUGGGGUCACAGGCAACACUUUCAGUCGUGAACUUUGUAGAAGAACAGAGGAGCACCGGGUUGUAUGCCCCACUAACCCAGCAUGGGUCGGUAGUGGUGAACGGCGUGCUGGCGUCCUGCUAUGCUGCUGUGGACAAUCACUAUUUGGCCCACUGGGUCCUGGCCCCAUUGAGAUUCUUCUACAGCCUGAUGGGACCUUCAGAACCGCAGACUGACGGCCUGCACUGGUACCCUUGGCUUCUACAGAGGCUGGGGCAAACUCUGCUGGAUCCUGGACACUUCCACCCCUGGGGGAUUGAGCAAGGACACAGAUAGGAGACCCAGAGACAUGUCUCACACUGAUGACUUCAUUCACUCUAUUGUAUUCAGGAGCACCAAAGCACAGAUUGAGGGUCCACCAAAGACGAUUGAUUUUAUGGUGGAAAUGUGUUUUUCCAACUCUACUUGCCUGUAUUUGCUGUACCUCAACAAACUCUUUAUUUGUAGCAAAAAUUGUAUGAACGACAAAGAGGGGAGACUAAACGUAUUUUAUACUUUUGGCAAUUUUAGUUUCAUUAAUUCCAGGAGAUUUAGAGGAUGGAGAAGACUGAGGGGUAACACAAAACACACGCAAAGACAGUUCUGUAAGGGAUUAAUCAGUUAAAUUUCAAGUUAUUUUCUUCAACCUGUAUCACUAAAAAACAGGGACUGUGAUUCGAAAUGAUAGCUUUCAUUAAAACAAGUAGGUAGUCAAGUAAGAGAAUCAGGUUUCAUCUUUAUUACUUUGUACUGUAUUUACUGUAAUCUGUCAACAUUUGUGCAUCUUGAGAACAUGCUGAGGCUUACUGAUAUAAGAAAUAUAAACAUAUGAGGAUACCUUUUGUGACCGCCUUCAGAGAAAUGAUUAAGGUGAACUCACAAAGGAAAUAUUUGACAAGGAAGAAGAAAAGACAGAAAACUUGUUACUGAACAAGGAGUGAUUUGAAACUCUAUGAAUAUAUUAGGUAUAUACAGUGAAGUAAGAUUAAGGAAAAAAUACAACUGUUUGCUGUUGACUGUCAGAAUCACCACUGCAGUAAAUUCAACUGAUACUUUACUGUUUUGAUAGAGCCUAUUCUGUACAUAAGAAUUAAUUUACAAAAUAAUAUUUAACUGGAAAAUGGGGGAUGAUGUUCUGCAUAUUUACUGAAUGCAGUGUAGCACUUUGCUAGUGUUGCAUUACAGCUUCACAUCUGGAAAGGGCUUCAAUGGAAAACUAUUGAAUGGCAAGAGAAUGGUUAUGAGAA